CCAACUCUAAGCUUUAGUACAAAAUCCGAUCUCUUCAUACAUCAAAGGGUUAUUCAACGGCGUCAGUCUUCGCUGCCAUUUCUGUUCCAUUCUCCGCCGGCGACAAUAUUACUUGAAGUUGUCUAAAAGGAGAAAAAGAUCCAAGAAUUGCAGAAAUUUUGUUUUACUGAAUGAGGCCACAAAUAGUAUUAUUUGGGGACUCCAUUACUGAACAAUCCUUCAGAUUAGGUGGUUGGGGUGCUGCUCUUGCUGAUACUUAUGCUCGCAAGGUUGAUAUAUUGAAUCGUGGCUACGGUGGAUACAACACCAGAUGGGCAUUGUUCUUGCUACACCACCUAUUUCCAUUGGAUGCUCCAACACCUCCUGUUGCUGCCACUAUAUUUUUUGGAGCCAAUGAUGCUGCUCUUUUGGGAAGAACCAGUGAAAGACAACAUGUCCCACUUGAGGAAUAUAAGGAAAAUCUACGAAAAAUGAUACAGCAUUUCAAGAAAUGCUCCCCGUCAAUGCUAGUAUUGCUGAUAACUCCACCACCAAUUGAUGAAGCAGGACGGUUUGAAUAUGCGAGGUCCCAAUAUGGAGACAAAGCAAUGCAAUUGCCAGAAAGGACAAAUGAAGUGUCCGGAGAGUAUGCAAAACAGUGUGUUGAAUUGGCCAAGGAGCUAGGUCUCCCUUCCGUCAAUCUGUGGUCUAAAAUGCAGGAAACAGAGGGUUGGCAAAGAAAAUUCCUCAGUGAUGGCUUACAUCUCACACCAGAAGGUAAUGCCAUUGUUUACCAAGAAGUCGUUAAAGUGUUCAAUGAAACAAGUCUCUCUGCCACAAAGAUGCCUUCUGAUGUCCCUCACCAUUCAAAAAUCGAUGGAAAAGCCCCCGAGAAGGCCUUCCAGCUACAAUGCUCUGCUAUCUAACCUUAUAUUCUAUCCUUUAUAUAUCAAUAGAAACCAGCAAAAGGCUAUUGUCUUCCCCGACUCCAUCAAUCUCAAGAGUGGUAAUUGCUUUCACGUUUCCUAGGUUUCAAGUGGUUAUAUCGACACACUUUCAUUAGCAAUUGAUUCUAAGACAAAUGACAGUUGAAUUCACAUCUAUACUAGUUUCAUCAACAAAAGAAUGCCUUUAAGAAUUAAUUUAAAUACAGAAAAAUUCUCAUUGCUUUGAUGAACAUAAUACUUGGUGAUGUUUUGGAUUGUGUAUACAACCUCCUCAA